CGCUCGCUUGCGGAUGUGUGUGUGUGUGUGUUGUGAGCUUGUCGAGGCUGAGCGGCGGCGGCGGCAGCAGCAGCAGCAGCACUUUGGUACCUACAUAAAGCCGAUCUGCUGCUCUGGAGUCUGAUGGGCAGCACUAAUCAUCUGGAGUGGAACAUGGAAUAAACAUGGCCCACGACAGAAGCUUUUUUCUCGAAGCUGUGAAUCGAUCAGAGGCCAGGCGAGAUGGAGGGUACAAGCACAGCUGGAGCUAUUCUCUUUCUGAUGACAGUGAAGAGGAAAGCAGACAUGAGGCGUCUGUCGUGACCACGCAGGAGAUGGAGCGCCAGCAGUCGACCUCGCCCGGGGCGAAGUCUCCCUCUCUGAAGCACUUGUCUUCCUCUGAUCCACUGAGAACGUAUGAAAACGGGCCAAAUAAUCACAUGAGGCCUCUGAACAAACCGGGACCUGGCAGGAGGCUCAGCGAGGUCCCUAUCGCAGUAGCAACAUCCUCUCAUGUGACCAACAGAGCAAAUUUUGUCAUCAUCAGCUCCGCACCAUCUCAAGGAAUCGUUUUACAAGGGCGACACUUUCAGCACACACACAUGCCCUCGGCAAUAAGGAAACCGGUCCAAAGAAAUGACUUCGCCACCACACAGGAGGCUGUAGAAGUCGACAGCAUCGUCCUCACUUGUCCGGAGGUCCCAGCGGAGGGCAACCUGAACAUCAAACGACGCGUCCAGCAGAAGCGGAAAUCGCUGCAGGGUUGCUGUAGUUUGCCCUCACAGGUCAAAGCAGCAGAGCCUCUUCGGCCGGCCGUCUACCGGCCAUUGUGCGUGAAGUGCAACAAGCCGUGUGAGGACAGCAGCAAGUGUCACAACUGCGGGAACGGCAUAGUCCUUCUUCCGUGUCAGCAGGUCACGCUUUCAUCCCCGACCCCGAGACCGCCCAUCCGCUCCCAGCCCUCCCCUGGACCAAACAGCCUCCAGCACACUACGAACUUCUAUAAACCAGUUACAACCAUGAGGGUGCCCCCUAUGGGGUUGCUCCCGGUACGAAUCACAGCCUCCCGAGCCACUCUGUUACCUCUGAACAAUGGCAGGCCCCCUCUGUUAGCGGGAACCUCGAGCUGCUGCAGCACCGCGCUAUCGCCAGAAGUCAUCAAUAAGACGCCAGGAACGCAGCAGCAUGAGCUCAACGACCCCAUCAUCCUAUCAAGUGAUGAUGAGGAUGAUGCAGAUACCGCCAGCACAGGAAGUGUAAACAGAUUGGACAGCGUCUCCCCUCUGCCGGCCGACUCCGCCCACUCCUCGCCGGUGCCCUCUGGAGGAAGAGUGGAGGCGGCGGUGAAGAGCUCAGAGGAACAGGAGGACCUGAGCACCGAAUUCUUUGAAAAUGUCAACAUGAAGAUCAUGAUACCACGAAGAGGCCGUAUGAAGGAUCAGUUUGGAAACGAACCCUCUGAGCAGUUUUCACCAAGGACAAAGAAACCAAAACUCCCAUUAGAUAAGUGUUCCAGCAUCAUACUGGAGUGUCGGAGCGUACGGGUGGGAACUCUGCGGCGGAUGGUGACGAAGCCGGUCAUCUUUACCAUCGACCACAUCCAGCUGGAGACUGUAGAUCCUGAUCUGGAGGGCAUCGAGAAAGUUUGUCUUCAGGCGUCGGAGCUCAUCAGCUGCGAGUGGUGCAGCGUCCGCAAGCUUCCCGUCCUGUUCUUCCAGACAACGCCAGACGAGUGCACUCGCCUUCGUACACAACUCAAGAUGUCGCGGGAGAAUGGCGGCCAGUGGUUUGACUCUGCAGGCGGCCAGUGCGACGAGAAGUACAUCGUGUUGAUCUUUGAGAACGGCUUGACAAUGAAGGAGCAGGCCAUCCUGGAGGACAUCCUGGCUGAGAUCGGGAGAAACAACAACCUCAGCGACUUUCCUGACAAGAUUAGCUUUGAUGAGGCGAAUAGCCGACUCGUCAACUACAACAAGGCUUCCAAGCAGAAGGAGAAGGUGAAGCCCGUACAGAAUCCUCCAACCAUCACCACAGUCACGCAGGUCGCCCCGACAACACCCGUCGCUAUGCCAGUGCACACGCGGAUGGCCACGCGGCAGCAGACGACCACCUACUUUGAGGAAGAAGACGAGGACAUGACGGACCUCCAGCCCACUUUCUCGGGACCAGUUGUCAAGUUGAUGGUGUAUCCUCCCCCUCCAUCAAAAGGUGGAAUAUCCGUCACUAAUGAAGACCUCCACUGCCUUAAUGAUGGAGAAUUCCUUAACGAUGUUAUUAUAGACUUUUAUUUAAAAUAUCUAGUUCUAGAGAAGUUGAAAAAGGAAGACGCACAAAGAAUCCACGUGUUCAGCUCCUUCUUUUACAAGAGACUGAACCAAAGAGACCGGAGGACUGGUCCAGACACCACGAACCUACCGAUCCAGAAAAGGAAGCACAGCAGGGUGAAGACGUGGACUCGGCACGUGGAUCUGUUCCAGAAGGACUUCAUUUUUGUUCCCAUCAACGAGUCUGCUCACUGGUACUUGGCGGUUAUCUGCUUCCCGGGCCUGGAGGGCCCGCAGUAUGAACCAAACCCGCUCUACAACCCGUUUCCAGCCCCGCCCACCGAUGCCCCGUCAGAGGACAGCAUCCCGGAUCACUGCCGCCCGCUGUCUCCGGACGAGCCGGACAACUCCUCGGAGCAGCCGUCUCCCGGAGUCCCAGAGGCGUCAACUCCUGGUCCCACCGACUGUAACUCCGCCUUCACCGACAGGCGACAAGAGCCUUCCAAAGAGCAGGCGGACGGCGAGCAGCAAUACGCCAGUGAGUUGCACAGAAUUAGCUUGUGUUACGGUUCAGGGAACGAGGGCGACGACCCCUACACCUUCUCUGACGAUCAAAGCUCCUGUCAGGAUGAGUGCAGCGAGGAUGGAAGUCCAGAAGAAACACUCACCUCAGACGCGUCCACCUGGACCUCCACACCCACCCUCUGCAAACAACCUUGUAUUCUUAUCAUGGACUCUCUGCGAGGUCCCGGCAGGUCGACUGUGGUGAAAACGCUGAGAGAAUACCUGGAGGUGGAGUGGGAGGUGCGCAAAGGGACACAGCGGAGUUUUGGGAAGGACGUGAUGAAGGGCUCCAGCCCACGAGUGCCUCAGCAGGAUAACUUCAGCGACUGUGGAGUCUACGUCCUGCAGUAUGUGGAGAGCUUCUUCGAGAAUCCCAUUCCCAGUUUUCAUCUGCCGAUGAACUUGUUGCACUGGUUCCCUCAGCAGCGGAUGAAGACGAAACGCGAGGAGAUCAAGGAGCUGAUUCUGAAGAUCCAGGCGCAGCAGGAACUGGACAAGGAGUCCGAGCAACUGGAGGAGCCGCCUGACUCUCCGCAAGAGCCUGAAAUUGAAGAGACUUGUGGAUUGGCGGGCGAGCCGCGGAACGUAGCCCCCUACCACUGAAACGUGCCCCCCCGGUCGCUCCCUCAGCGGGAGCCAAAGCUGAUUUGUACGCUGCUGGUUUUCAAAAA